GGCUCUUCUUAUGAAUCAACUCACAGUCAAGGGCUUGAAGAUGUUGGGUCAGUCCAUUGAUUCUUCCUAUUCCAGCAUCCAGAAACUUGUUAUCAGUCACUUGCAGAGUGGCUCUGAGGCACUGCUGUAUCAUCUGAGCGAGGUCAAAGGAAUGGCGCUCUGGAAGCAGAAGUUUCAACCUCUCGGCCUGGAUCCUGCAGCCAUCGAGGAUGCCAUCGUAGCAGUGGGCUCUUUUACCCUGAAGGCCAAUGAACUUUUACAGUGAGUUUAAUCUUAUUCUAC